CAUAAAAUCAUUAUCUAUUCUACUAUCAACAACGUGUUGUUAGAAUUUUUAAAACGAUUCCUUUCAUACUACUUUAGUCUAUGGUUUAUUUCGUACUUUAAUUUGUUUGGUCAAUACGAGAAAUUUUAUUAAAAUAGAUCAUGUUUAAAAUAGUGAUACGUGCUAUUAUACCAAGGAAAGUGUCAAAUGAAAUAUCAACUAAAACAACGUGUGACAUUUUAUCACGAAAACUUUCUGUUGAUUAUAAAAAUAAUUUCAGAGGUUAUGGUAGUGUAUAUUCUACAAAACACAUAAAUAGAAAUAAUAAUUUGUUUUAUCAUGUACCACUUUUCUUCUGUAGUUCAAACGUUGAUCAUAUGAACUUAGACAAAAGUCUUACUCUUGUUGAGUUUGAAAAGAUUUCAGAUGCAACUCUUGAAUCCUUGACUGAAUAUUUUGAUGAAUUGAUAGAAGAAGCUGUAGAAUUGGAAGAUGCAGAUGUUUCUUAUGGAGACGGAGUACUGACCGUGAAAUUUGGUAAUCCAUAUGGUACAUACGUUAUAAAUAGACAGACUCCAAACAGGCAAAUUUGGCUUUCUUCUCCAACGUCUGGACCAAAACGUUACGAUUUUGUAAAGGGUAAAUGGGUCUAUAAAUACGAUGAUAAAACUUUACACGAGCUUUUAAAUAAUGAAGUAUCAACUAUUGUAAAAAAGGAAGUAUCUUUUGACAAAUGCUUUUACAGUGGUAAAGAAUAGUAUAAUUAUAUCAGUAUAUAUUGAAAUACUUUUAAUCACUUAAAUACUUAAAACUGCCAAUUUUAA